AUGGAGCCGAACGGUACAGCGUUCAGACAGUUUUCUGUAAAAUGUUCAGCACAGGUAGACAGCACGGACCGCAACACAGCACAUCGACAAGGAUCCAAGCCAACAAUUGACAGUAUGGACUUAAAAUUUUUUUGGAUUCCAGGAUACUUUCGCCAGUGUGAUAUAAUUUCAUAUAGCAGAGACGUUGAUGUUGGCAUCUUCAUAAAAGAUUAUAAAGAAAAUAUUGUCACAGAAUUUAUAAAUCAUGGGUUCACAUUGAAACAUUGGUUUGGUAAGGUAAAUGACAGUUUGGAGUUAUCAUUUAUGAGUGGAGACUUAAAGCUUGACAUGUUUUUCUUCUACGAAGAGGGGAAUUCUAUGUGGAAUGGUGGCACUCAAGCAAAAUCAGGCAAAAAAUUUAAGUACAUUUUUCCUCGAUUUAAUCUUUGUUGGACUGAGUUUUUGGAACUGAAGGUGCGAGUGCCUUGUGAUUUAACAUCGUAUAUUGAAGCAAAUUAUGGCCCAGAUUGGUUCACACCUGUUACCCAUUGGGAUUGGAAGAGCAGUCCUCCUAAUGUCAUUGAAAAUGGAAUGUGGCCACCUGAAGAAUGGUAUCAAGUAAUUAAAGUGUACAAUUAGAAUAAUUCCAAAUUUGAGAAGUAUUAAUUUUUCCAAAUUUUAUGAAGUUAAAUUUAAUAUUACUAAAACAUACCACUGUAUUGUAAAUAUUAGAAAAAAUGAAAUAUCAUAUGUACUCGAAUAAUCCCCCAAUCAAAAUUUGGUAGCUGAAGAUUGGGAUGCAGGUAUUAUUCACAUCAAGGUUGGUAUUAUACUCACGUGUUUUCUUGAGCCCUGGAAUAUCUACCCUUCUCCUGUACUAACAUUAAUUGAAUUAAGAAUAAACAAUAGCAACGAGUGUUGUUGAAAAGUCUGGGAAUCAGAAACGUUUGCUUCCAUGUAGUAGAAACUAUUUUGUGUUGCAAAACAAUCUACAGAUUUGAUAUAAAACGUUCUGUCAUUGAAAUCCUCCCUUCCACACACACCCACACACCUCUUUCAUCUGGCAAAAUUAGGGCUGGCAAAAACAGGCGUGAAUAAUAUCGCAAACUUGAAGCCUGAUCUUUCACCACAAAAGAAAAUUUACGCAUUAUAGAGGAAGCAGCACAAAUUGGUAACAGUGCAGCAGGAAGGAAGAUGAUAUGGAUGAAAGUUUCAUUCAUGAUUGGCGUAAAAAACACGACUUGAAGAAACUAAUGUUAAUUGGACAACAAAAACACAAACUUAGUUAUUUCUCUUUGGUUGCAGGUGCAGUAUUGUGUUUCAGCAUCAAUAGUGUAAUAAAUUAAUGGAGCUAUUUUUUUCUGCGGUAAAAGCGAAAAAAUGGUUUUUUUCUUUUCUUUUCUUCAUCUUCUUCUUCUUCUUCUUCUUCUUCUUCUUCUUCUUCUUUUUUUUUCUUCUUCUUCUUCUUCUUCUUCUUAAAAUUAGAAUGCUAUUAGAUGGCGUGGAUUAUUCGAGUAUAUACAAUACAUUUGAAACAGGUGCCAUGUUUACUAGCCAUAAAACAUUUGCUCAUUAAGCUAUUGCAAAAAUUGAACAAUGUAUUAUCCUUUCAAGUUAAAGAAUAGAGUAUUCUUUCUCUUGUUGUCCAUGAAUAUUCCAAAUAUUGAACGUGUGUUUUAUGUUACAUUGUGCCAAACCCCUGUCUAGCUGAUUCAUUGAAAAUCCAGUGAAGAAUCUGUUUUGUUACUUUUUAUCACGAACUUCAUGUUUAGAAUUUUAUUAUUUCUGAUUGGACUUCUGAUCUUAUUUUAUUAUUUCUUGAUUAUCAGAUUAUUUAAAAGGCUAUUUCUUUAGAAUUUAUAGCUGUAGCAAUAAGUUAAUGCUUCCAUGAGUAAAAUAUUUCAUGUAAUAUUACAACAUAUUUGAGUGAAGCAAAAUUUCUCUUUCGAGGUACUUUUUAACUUUAUAUAAACAUUUAAUAAUUAAAACCAGAUGUAUCUGUUUCUGUUUUCAGUCAUAAAAUUGAAAACUUGUCCCAAUGAGUUUCAUAAAAUGAAUUUCAAGACCUAGUAGUGAGUGGUGUAUUAUGGAAGUCCUCAAUGGAUGUUUCUGGUAUUCAUUAUUGAAUUUUGACCAUUCUUUUCAAAGUACAUAUACUUUAGGAAUGUGAGAUUUCUUUAUUAUGAAAUAUCCAAAAUAAGUGUGUUUAUUUUCUUUCGUUAGAAAUAUCUUGUAUUUUUUUUUAUGUUAGAUAAUACAUCUUAAUAGGAAUUUAAAAUUUACGGGAGACAUUGCAUCCAUACUUGUUGUGUUACAGUUAAAGAGAAAGGAUAAUUUCUAAAGCAACCAAACCAAUUUUAUCUGAAAUAGAGACCUUCUGAAUGAUUAUUUUAUUAUUUUAGGCUUAAUGAAAUUUUUGUCUGGAUUUGUUUGUCUUUAUGAUGUCAAAUUAUUUGAAUAUUUGGAAGUUACAUCUUAAUUCUGUAAUUGACAGUGAGGAUACAUUGAAUGUCUAAGAAAUACACUGCUGCAGAAGAUUCAGUAAGUUGAAAUGUACAAGUUAUAAAUUCAAAAUGUUACUGUCGUUAUAUUAUCUUUCUACCUGCUUUCUGCUUUAUUGUUUGCAGUAAUUUAUCCUUGUGUGAAAAAUACGCUUAAUAAUGUGAUACAGUAUAAAGUAGAACCCCAUUAUAAGAGAACUCUUGUAAAAGACAGUAUUGUCAGUCCCCAGUCCCUAUGGGAAAAUUAUGAGUAUUCUGAAUGUAAGACCCCUUUACAUGAGUUUUUCACCUGUGAUAGGCAUAAUAUUGGUUUUAAAGGAAUUUUCUCUUUUCUUGUAUGAGUCGCAAGUUGAAACCACAUUCUACAUGAUGAGCCAGAAAGCAGCUGUUGUUUCAGCAUCCUUGACAAAGACUGUGUAGCAAGGACUUCCAGAAAUAACCCAGCUCACAUAUGAAUGGUGAAAAUCUUCUGCUAAUUAAAAUUUCCUGUAUAUUGCUUUAUUGAAGGUGAUGAGGCUUGCGAACUCCUUUGAGAGCUCAUACAUGCUAAUGUCCUCAUUGUGUUAGGGAAGUGGGGAUAGUGCGAGCUGUGCAGUAUUUUGCAAAUCAUAAUACUUAUCUUAGUGUAUUAUAUGUACUUUAUAUUUAGCUUUUUACCAUCAUGGUGAUAUCUGUGUUGACUGGGGAACAGUUGAAAGGAAUAGGGAACAAUUAAAGGUGAUGAUCUAAUUUAGAGAUACACUUUUUAAAUCACCAAAUGUGAUUUCUCGGAAAAAGAAAUUAAAUUUAUCUGAAAAACUUGACAUCAUAUGUCAAAUAGUGAACAGUAGAAGUAAGGUAAGUGUAGGGGAAGAUGUAUGAACCACUCUUACAAGAGUUGUUUCUUAUAAUGGUGUUUUACUGCAUUAGGAGUUAAUGUUGUAUAUGUUCAGUAUCAUAGUAAAAAAUAUUCUUCUUCUUUUCUUUUUAUUUUUUUUAAGGUUUCUUCUGUAUUGUAAUUAAAAUCAGAACGUAAAUUAUAUUUUUCAUUAAUAGGCAUUUAUAUUAUUCUUGCUUGUUUUUCGAAUAAUUAAGGAACACAUUUUAAUUUGUUUGUAGUGUCAUUCAUUUCAGGAACUGGUCAUGUACUCUGCCAGUUGAAAUUUUUAGUGAGAGACUGAAAGAGCACAGGGUAGAGAAUGAAAUUAAUUCUAAUUUUGUGUUGUUCUUGUUGACAGAAUGUUCUCUGAAGAAAUUUCUUCCUGUUAUUAUGUCAUAACUAAAAAAUGUUUAAUCAGAUAUUGAAAAAUAAAACUUGUCGCUUUAUUCCAUUUUUAUGACAGUCUGUAUUCCAUUUUUCAGUUUACACAAGGUCAUGUUUAUCUCCACAAUGUUUCAGAAGGUUGGUAGCUUUCCAUAUUUCUCAGGUCUAUAAUUUUAUGGUACAUAAAAUAUUAUAUUACAUUCAGUAAUUAUACAUUUUGAUUAAAAGUUCUCUUGUAUAAUAAUUUAACUUAUAUCUUUUUACUGAUGUUCAAUCAAACAAAUUUAUUUGUUACUUAUUACCUUUGGUAAUGAAACGUCAGAAUUUCUUAAAAAGCUUUGUUGACUGAACAUGAAGGGCCCAAAAGAGGGCAAACCUGACAACUGCACAGUUAUUUAAUUCAGCUAAAUGGAAUUAAAAAAGAAAAGAAAAAAAAAGGAAGUUUUGAGGGAUAUAAAUAAUUUGAUACAAAUAUGACACGACCAUUGAAAGUUAUCGCUUUUUGAUACAUGUGCUGAUGACAUAAUGAAUAUGUGGGAACUAUAACAACAUUUCAAGUUACAAACCUUUUGAAGAACCAAAUCAAAAUGGCACUUCUCACACUAGAAAACCAAAUUGAGGAUCAGUCCACCUCUUGCAUAAACCUCUCAACUUUCUUUCAUUCUCUGUAUUAAUAGUUUUCCUAUAUUUAUACAAACAUUUAAUUAACAAUUCUACAUCUAAUCCAUUCCCAUUAAAAAAUGUUCCAAACAAUACUCUCCAUUAGUAUCUUAUAGGACAAAGGAAACAUCCACAGGCUCAAAAGGACAUUCAUUGGCCAGCUUUGUUAGGUCCAAUAAUGUCUUGAAUCAAAAAUCAAGAACUGCAGGGAAAAAGGUAUUUCACUUACGCUACAAUGAGACGUUUUACUGCAAAGUGCAUUUUCAAAGUGCAUAAAAACUAGCUACACAUAAAUUCUGAUAGAUUUUACAUUGUCACAUUAUUUAUUACUAUUUAAUAUUGGACAACAAUAUAACUUCCAAUUAGUAACACCAGCAGAACAAUUAAAUUGGUGAAAGCAAGAACGGUAUAAGUGACAUUUUAUAAAUUCUGAGAAAAGCUUGUUUAUUUUGUAAUAUAUUUCAGUGGCAAUCCAUUUUCAUGAAUGAUUGAACGAUUGAAAUGCCUUGGUUUUAAUGAUGUAACAAAGCACCACUACUUUACAGUAAUAUUGAUGUAAAUAA